AUGGAAGAGCUUAUUAAGGUAAAAGAAGAACUUAAAGAAGCCAAAGAAAAAGCCACGCAAUCAUGGCUCGACUCACGUCCCUUAAUCGACGAGCUCGAACGGCUCAAGCAAGUCCUCGCACGUGCUGAAAAACGACACAAAAACAUGUACUCCAACGACCAAAACGACACUCUAGUCUUCGACCUCCAAUCACAGCUGGAGUCCAUCAACCAGAGAAUAAAGUCAAAGAAGAAAGAAGAGGUCAACGCCACCAUGAUGGUCAACGAAAUGAAGUACUGUAGGGACUUGGAUCGGCUACGUGAUGAGAUGGAGGAGCUCAAGCUCAGCACGGCCAAAAAACGACAAUCAAAGCUGAAGCUGAAACGAGCUUCGCGGCUCAGGAAGCAAAGACUUCGCUCGUUACACCUGGCGCUUGCGGCUUCACGGGAAGAAGCCGAGGCUUACGGUGCAUCCGCAGCCGAAACGACUCAGUAUAUGGAUUUAUAUAACUCGGCUGUCAGUGUCGUUCGGCUCAGCCACGAAGAGUAUCAAGGCUUGCGAAAGAGAUUUGAGGAGAGCGACUCUAUUGCCACGUGGCGUGUUUCUGUUGCGGAAGGAGAGAAGCUGGCGGCUGAGUCGAGGCGUGACUUGGCUUUGGCUAAGUUGAAAGAAGUGAAAGCUGGGAAAUUAAGAUUGAUGAUGAGAGAGAGGAAUGAUCCAUUGCCAAAGAUGACCGAAGACCUGUACGACUGA